CUCUUCAUCCACCAUCACCCACAAGUCAACCAAAAUGGCGGCUACCAGCUUCUUCAACAACACCUCCGCCACUGCCUUUGGCCCCCGCGGCGAGCUCGUCGACGAGGGACGCUCUGGCUACAACAUCGUCUCCGGCGGUGGCAGCGGCAGCGGCUCCGGCUCCGGCUCCAACGGCGAUGACGACAAGUAAAAUUGCGCCGCGCACUCAUAAUUUCUUCUCUCUUGAUCGCGCGCGAGCGCCUUGAGAGGGUCUUCCUGGGCAUUCUUACGACAUGGGGCAUGGGAACACGGAAGCGAGCGAGCGGGCAGCAUUUUUUGACAUCAGCGGGCAUCACACUGGUCACGGCAUGGCGCGGCACGACUACGAAACACAUUAUGGACUUCACCUUCAUGGGAGCAAUGCCAUGACAUGAGAUGAUGC